AUGGCGGCCCUCUCCGCUCCCGUGUCGGCGACUAAGACCGCCCUCCUGGGCUCAGACCUCCGGGGCCAACGAAUCACCAUCGCCGGCAAAUCCGCGCGAGUAGUCGCCGUCCCAGCAUCGCGCAUCGUCGCGACCGCCGCCAGCAACCCCGACGCCGUCAGCGCCUCGAAGCGCUCCUUCCUCAAAAAGGCCCUCGGCGCUGCGGUCGUCGGCCUCCCGCCGCUGGUCCUCGGCGGAAAAGCCAUGGCGGAAGGCGAGCAGCAGGCGGUCGCGUCGUCGCGCAUGUCGUACUCGCGCUUCCUGGAAUAUCUCGACAUGGACCGCGUUAAGAAGGUCGACCUGUACGAGAACGGCACGAUCGCCAUCGUCGAGGCGGUGAGCCCUGAGCUCGGUAACCGCACCCAGCGCGUGCGCGUGCAGCUGCCGGGGCUCUCCGGUGAGCUCCUCGCGAAGUUCCGCGAAAAGAACAUCGACUUCGCCGCGCACAACCCCCAGGAGGACUCGGGCGCCGUUUUCAUGAACGUUCUCGGAAACCUCGCGUUCCCGCUGCUGCUCGUCGGAGGCCUGUUCCUCCUCUCCCGGCGAUCCCAAGGCAUGGGCCCGGGCGGUCCGGGCGGACCAAUGGCGUUCGGGCAGUCUAAGGCUAAGUUCCAGAUGGAGCCGAACACGGGCGUUACUUUUAACGACGUCGCGGGAGUCGACGAGGCGAAGCAGGAUUUCAUGGAGGUCGUCGAGUUCCUGAAGCGCCCGGAGCGCUUCACCGCCGUCGGAGCGCGGAUUCCCAAGGGCGUGCUGCUCGUCGGCCCGCCCGGCACGGGUAAGACGCUCCUGGCGAAGGCUAUUGCUGGAGAGGCCGCGGUGCCGUUCUUUUCGAUCUCCGGGUCGGAGUUUGUGGAGAUGUUUGUCGGUGUCGGCGCGUCGCGCGUGCGCGAUUUGUUCAAGAAGGCCAAGGAGAACGCUCCCUGCAUCGUGUUCGUUGAUGAAAUCGACGCCGUUGGUCGCCAGCGUGGUACCGGAAUUGGCGGCGGGAACGACGAGCGCGAGCAGACGCUGAACCAGCUUCUAACGGAGAUGGACGGAUUCGAGGGCAACACAGGUGUUAUCGUUAUCGCGGCGACCAAUCGCGCGGAUAUUCUCGACGCGGCGCUGCUGCGUCCCGGGCGAUUCGAUCGUCAGGUGUCCGUCGACGUCCCGGAUAUCAAGGGACGGAAGGAGAUUCUCAAGGUGCAUGCAUCCAACAAGAAAUUCGCCGAUGACGUCAACCUCGAUGUUGUCGCAGCGCGCACGCCCGGAUUCAGCGGCGCGGAUCUCGCGAACCUGCUGAACGAGGCGGCGAUCCUGACCGGGCGGCGCGCCAAGACGGCGAUCUCGUCGAAGGAGAUCGACGACGCGAUCGACAGGAUCGUGGCGGGUCUUGAGGGCACGGUGAUGACGGACGGCAAGAGCAAGAGCCUCGUGGCCUACCAUGAAGUCGGGCACGCCGUCUGCGGCACGCUCACUCCCGGACACGACGCCGUGCAGAAGGUGACGCUGGUGCCACGUGGCCAGGCGCGCGGGCUGACGUGGUUCAUCCCCAACGACGACCCGUCGCUCAUCUCGAAGCAGCAGAUCUUCGCGCGCAUCGUCGGCGCGCUGGGCGGCCGCGCCGCGGAGGAGGUGGUGUUUGGCGAUGCGGAGGUGACCACGGGCGCCUCGAGCGAUCUGCAGCAAGUCACGGGCAUGGCCAAGCAGAUGGUCACCGUCUUCGGCAUGUCUAACAUUGGCCCCUGGGCCCUUAUGGACCCCGCUGGCCAGGGUGGUGACGUCAUCAUGCGCAUGAUGGCGCGCAACAGCAUGUCUGAGAAGCUUGCAGAGGACAUUGACGCCGCCGUUAAAUCCAUUUCCGACGAGGCGUAUGAAGUGGCUCUGGCGCACAUUCGGAACAACCGCGAGGCGAUUGACAAGAUUGUGGAGGUGCUGGUGGAGAAGGAGACGCUGAGUGGGGAAGAGUUCCGGGCGAUCCUUUCGGAAUUUACGGAGAUUCCCAAGGAGAACAUGAACUUCACCCCCAUCACUGCCUAA